AUGGCCCCGAGUGCUAUUGCCCCAGAAGCUGGUACCGGGCGAGUGAGUGAAUCUACCAGCCCUUUCCUCGGGAACGGUAGCUGGCAGGUCCGACCAGUGGACGAGAAUGGAUCAUCUCAGACGUUUCCCUCGACAUCCAGCCUUUAUGCACCGGGUCUGCAAGAGGUUCACGACCUGAUAGGAGUUGGAUUCGGACCGGCUUCCCUCGCCAUCGCCGUUGCUCUUAGUGAUAGCUUGGAAGGUCAAGAACCCGUAGGACAUGGCUUCAACACACCCAAAGUACGGUUCCUUGAGAGACAGCAAGGAUUCAAGUGGCACGCAGGAAUGCUGCUACCAGGUGCUAAGAUGCAGAUAUCAUUCCUCAAAGAUCUGGCAACUCUUCGAGAUCCUCGCAGCCACUUCACCUUUUUGAACUAUCUCAAAGAACAUGGACGGCUAGUACAGUUCACGAACCUGGCAACAUUUCUACCCUCCAGACUUGAAUUUGACGAUUACCUCCAAUGGGCUGCGGCACACUUUAAUGAUGUGGUGGAAUAUGGGCAGCAGGUUCAGUCGAUUCACCCACGGAAACUAGGCAACAACGAGAAAUAUGACUGCUUUGAAGUGGUUUCACGGGACUUGUCGACAGGGCAAUCGACGACUCUGUUGACUCGGAAUGUUGUGGUUGCCGUUGGUGGUCAGCCCUCUAGACCAUCCACAUUUCCAGCGUUUCAUGAGCGGAUACUUCACUCAUCAGAGUACAAUACACGUAUCGACAAGGUACUGCCCGACAAAGACGGUGCAUACUCGAUUGCAGUGAUGGGAGGAGGUCAAAGUGGUGCGGAGGUGUUCAACAACCUCCAUGAGCGAUAUCCAAAUGCGACGACCAGACUGAUCUUCCGAGAUUCGGCACUUCGGCCAAGCGAUGACUCGCCAUUUGUCAACGAAGUGUUCAACCCCGAAGCCGUCGAUACCUUUUUUGAGCAGCCCCUAGACUACCGAUCAAGAACAUUGGCCAAGAAUAAAGCCACCAACUACAGUGUGGUGAGACUUGAGUUGAUUGAGAAGAUAUAUGAUGAUCUGUAUCUGCAAAGCAUCCAUCAUCCUGACCAGCGCGAAUGGCAGCACCAGAUUCUGCCGCUGAGGGACAUUACUGGGUUCAGUGAUAAUGGAAAGCGACUGACACUGAACCUGACCAACUUGGAUCCAUUGAGUGGGAAUUCGACCGAAACGAUAUCCUUUGAUGCAUUGAUCCUUGCGACAGGAUAUCGCCGUGAUGCCCAUAAUGAGCUACUCAAGGAUUGUCAAACGAUCAAUGGCAGCCAAAGUGGACGUUGGGAGCCCGGGCGUGACUACAGCUUGCGAUUGGAUAACUUACAAGUCGAAGAAGGAGCUGGGCUGUGGCUCCAGGGAUGUAACGAGGCAACGCAUGGACUUUCUGAUUCUUUGCUGUCUAUCUUGUCCACGCGUAGUGGGGAAGUGGUGGACUCGAUAUUUGGGGGGCAGAUCAAACUCAAUGGGCAUUAA